UUUUUUUGGUUAAACUUUUGUCAGGUGCAACCACACGGUAUAUCUAGUGUAUAUCGUCACCAGUCACUGUAAUUUUCACAAAAAUAUCAACACAAUAAAUAAUAUAGCAAAACACACUCCUUCUCUGAAACUUUCCAUUAUAAAUUCACAAAAUUGUUUAAAGAUUCGUAUAAAUUGAUAAUCCAAAAUUGUAAAAGAUCUUUUUUUUAGCUCAUAAAAGAGCCUACAAUUAGUCAAUGGGUUCAAAAGCAGUUGAAGAUUUGAUUCAGGCUUCAUCAGGAGCUCAUUAUUCUGGAUUCCAUUUAGAAGAGCCACGUACUUCAGAGAUUGAGCAACCAACAACUUCUAUAGAUGAAAGUAUUAAGCAACCCUUUGUUAUAGGAGUUGCUGGAGGUGCUGCAUCAGGCAAAAAGACAGUUUGUGAUUUGAUUAUUGAUCAACUUCAUGAUCAGCGUGUUGUCCUAGUUAACCAGGAUUCAUUUUAUCACAAUUUGACACCAGAAGAACUCACAAAAGUUCAUGAGUACAACUUUGACCAUCCUGAUGCAUUUGACACCGAGCAAUUGUUGCGUGUGAUGGAGAAAUUGAAGCAUGGACAAGCUGUAGAUAUUCCAAAAUAUGAUUUUAAGAGUUAUAAAAAUGACGUAUUCCCCCUCAGAAGGGUCAAUCCUUCGGAUGUUAUAAUUUUGGAAGGCAUUCUCAUUUUUCAUGAUCCUCGUGUCCGAGAUCUGAUGAGUAUGAAGAUUUUUGUAGAUACAGAUGCUGAUGUACGUCUUGCAAGGAGAAUAAGACGUGAUACUGUUGAAAAGAAUAGAGAUAUUGCUACAGUACUAGAUCAGUACUCCAAGUUUGUCAAACCGGCUUUUGAUGACUUCAUUCUUCCAACAAAGAAGUAUGCUGACAUUAUCAUUCCCCGGGGUGGAGACAAUCAUGUUGCAAUCGAUUUGAUUGUUCAACAUAUCAGGACGAAACUUGGUCAACAUGAUCUUUGUAAAAUAUACCCUAACUUAUAUGUUAUUCAAUCUACUUUCCAGAUACGUGGCAUGCAUACAAUUAUCCGUGAUGAGCAGACGGAGAAAUAUGAUUUUGUGUUUUAUGCUGAUCGAUUGAUUCGGUUGGUUGUUGAACAUGGACUAGGCCAUCUGCCAUUUACGGAAAAACAGGUGAUCACUCCAACUGGAUCUGUAUACAGCGGUGUAGAUUUUUGCAAGAGGUUAUGUGGUGUCUCUGUAAUUAGAAGUGGAGAGAGCAUGGAGAAUGCCUUGCGUGCAUGUUGUAAAGGUAUCAAGAUAGGCAAGAUUCUUAUCCACAGAGAGGGCGACAAUGGUCAGCAGCUGAUCUAUGAAAAACUACCAGAAGAUAUUGCACAAAGGCAUGUCCUUUUGUUGGAUCCUAUCCUUGGCACGGGGAAUUCAGCAGUUCAAGCUAUUUCUUUACUGUUAAAGAAGGGAGUCUCAGAGUCCAACAUUUUAUUCCUCAAUCUUAUUUCUGCACCCCAAGGAGUACAUGUUGUGUGUACACGUUUUCCAAGAAUAAAGAUUGUGACAUCUGAGAUAGAAAGUGGCUUGAACGAAGAAUUUCGUGUUAUCCCUGGAAUGGGGGAGUUUGGUGACAGGUAUUUCGGUACAGAUGAUGUCUAAACAUAGACUGGUUACCCUUCUCUAGCUCUCAGUCGCGUGAGAGAUGUACCUUCUAAUGUCAACCCAAUCAAUAUUCUGAGGACCAUCAAGAAGAAAAGGAGCAAAGAUUAACCAACAAUGCGUUGAGCUUUGGAUAUUUUAGAAUUGUAUUUGACUAUAGUUGCUUCAGUAAUGCAAUUUUCAAACUAUUUUUACAUUUGAGUCGGACUAGUUUUUUUCUUAUGA